AUGCUCAGCAUCGCUGUCCGCAUCGCACGUGGUAUGGGUAUUCACGACGAAACCACCUGUGCUAAGUUUACGGCUUUGGAAGCUGAGAUGCGCCGGAGAUUAUGGUGGUCGUUAAUAAUCUUCGACAAUCGAAUCAGCGAGCUUUGCGACUACAAGACUGCGUCACUAGCUCCUACUUGGGACUGCAAGACUCCCCUGAACGUGUAUGACUCUGAGAUUCGGCUGGAGAUGAAGACGCCAUUGGCGAUCCACGAGACACCCACCGAGGCAAUUUUCACCGUCGUGCGUAGCGAGCUAGCCGAUUUUGUCCGGCAUAGUUCCUUUCAUCUUAUGUUUACCAAUCCGUCUCUAAGUACUAUCGCCAAAGGUAUGCGGCAAGGCUCUAUUUCGGAAGGGGAUGAGCUGGAUGCCUUAGAAAAAACGAUAGAAGACAAGUACCUCGCCUUCUGCGAUCUAGAUAACCCGCUUCACUUUAUGACAGUUUGGACUGCGCGAGGUUACCUUGCAAAAAUCCGUAUCCUAGACUAUUACUCGAAGCACCUAACGUCGACAGCGCAACCGACGGAGCCGCAACGCAACACCACCAUCUCCUCGGCCCUGAGAAUGCUCGAGUGUGACACAAAUCUCACUACUUCGCCUCUAAUUAAGGGGUACCGUUGGCUAAUUAGCUACCACUUCCCGCUGCCAGCAUAUAUCCACCUUCUUCAAUGCCUGAAGAAGCGGCCCAAUGACGACAGGGCCGAAAAGGCCUGGGAAGCAAUGAGCGACAAUUAUAAAGCUCGAUUCAUGAGUUCGGAAGUCAACGAGGCCUUUUCUCAGGUUUUCUUCCGAAUUGUUCUCCGGGCCUGGGAGGCGUUGGAAGCGCUAUCGAUACAAGAGGGCAAACCUCUAGUUCCGCCAUUGAUCGUAUCAGAUAUUCGAGACAGAAUAUUGCAGAUGAAGUUAAAUCACCCCCAAGACAGCGAGUUGGAACAAUUGGGUGGGGUUACAGGUACUAACAACGCCGACUUAUUUCAAAUACCCGCACCCAUGAACUUCAAUAGUGGUUACGACCCGUCAUACAACACGAGAGAACAUGACUUCUCCGCGAACACGGGACUCUGGAACAGCUCUAACAUAUCAGCCCAAGCUACGACGGACAUCAUGAAUUUUGACGAUAUCGAUUGGACGAAUAUAGGCUGGAAUCCUAUGUGA